AUGGAAUAUGAUUUUAUUGCUUUAGAAUUGGCAGGUCAAGAAGCUGAAUGGAUAAGGAGUUUGCUUGCUGAUAUUCCAUUGUGGGGGAAGCCAGCUCCAUCAGUUUCUAUGCGGUGUGACUCGCAAGCAGCAAUUGGGGUAGCGAAUAAUCAAGCCUAUAAUGGAAAGAGAAGGCAUAUUCGCUUAAGGCAUGCCAUAAAGGUGCUGUCAAAAUUGGAGAGACAACCAACUGAAUUAUUGGACAACUGUGAUGGAGAUACUCCAUUACAUAUAUCCACUUUGGAGGAGGAUUAUGGUACUUCUGCUUAUCUCCUUGAUCACGGAGCAGACUGUAAUAUGGCUAUGGAUAAGGGAUUUACCCCAUUACAUUAUGCUACAAAAAGAGGACGAACAAAUCUGUUGUGUUUGCUCAUAUCAAAAGGUGCAAAAGUGGAUACACAUGCUCGUGUAGGAACACCACUGCAAGCUGCUGUUGUUCAUGGCAUGAGAGAUGUUGUUGAGUCUUUGCUCAAAAAUCAGGCUAAUCCUAAUGUUAUACGAGCACCUUCAUUUUCAGGUUCUGCUGUCCUGGGUGUUCAAGGAAGAGAUCGGUCAUAUGUCAAGUUUGUAGCGGAGCAGCUGGGUUUAGAUGGUUCUUAUGUUUCACGUACUUACAUAGAACAAAUCCAGCUGGAGAAGCUUGUAAACGAUGUCUUGGCUUUGCCAGAUGAUUUGAAGAGUAAGCUCGAUCAGCAUAGAUGA